AGCCCAUUGCUCUUGCACGAGGCGGAAGUCCCUACAUCGCUACCCGCCCUGAGCUUGUCGGCGCCCUGGUGAAGACGCUUCACCGGAGCUAACCGCCCUGACUGGGCUCUCCUCCUCCUCCUCCUCCUCCUCCUCCUUCUCCCUGUUCUCGCAUCCCCUCCUUCCCUCCCUCCUCCUCCCUCUACCUUCCGAUGUCUUUCAUCCUCCACCCCAUCAAUUACGCUAUCCAGCGCACGAUCAAUGCUGUGCUGAAGACUCCCGAGAGCGGGGCAAGGGUGACGGGGCAGACAGUGGACGACGAUGUGGCGACGAGGGUCAAUUUGCAGCCCGAGGAAUUGGCGUUCGACCCUGAUAGGGGCUUCAAGCCCACCUUCUAUAGCGUGUUGAAGAGACCGAAGACUAACGCAGAAGCUCAGAACUUGUACAACCAUAUGCGAACCAUCGCCUGGUAUUCUGACGCCCUGCCUUUGCUCUCGAGUUGGCUACCCUUCAACAUCGGUAUCGAGGGACUGCUAGGAUUGAUUCCCUACGUGGGCGACUUCUUCGGUCUCAUCAUAGGUGUCUACCUGGUCUGCCUUGCGGCCCUGUUUGGCUUGCCGCUGCAGACAAUAGGCAUCAUGGUGGCUCUCGUCAUCGUGGACACCACUGUUGGUCUCGUGCCGAUCAUCGGUGAUGCCAUCGAUGUAGCGUUCAAGUCUAACCUCUACAUUCUCGCACUCUUCGAACAUCAACUUACCCAAAAGAAGGGCAAGUGUGGCGCAGGCGAACUCCAGAUUGUGAUGCCUCCUUCUGGGAAGUACAUGCCCUCGGGGAAGCAUCGCAAAGCGAAGCCGGCACGGCAGCCGGCAGCGAGCCAAAGAGCCGGGGCUGCAAAGCCACCGCCCCAUACCUUCCAGUCCAAUCGGGCUUCCAAUCCUGAGGACGACCCUCCCGAAGUUGCGCCAGGCUACUCAUACAGUAGGCAGGAUUUUUGUAAAGGGGCGACUGGCUAUGAAGGCAGGGUCGAAGACUUCUCCGCUUCGGGCACUACCACUACUGCGUCAAGACGACCAGUAGUACCCAAGGCGGAAGUCUGUGAUCUGCCGGCCGUCCCACUCUCGCUGCCUGCCGAAUUUAUGAGCAGCGAAGGUCGAAGCGAAGGUACUGGAGAAGAGCGUGCGAGGCUUUUGGAACCAGACCGUCGAGCUUCAUUCGCGGAUUCGCUGCCGAGUCCUCUGGAAUUCGAAUCUGAGUCCGCAGGUAGCUCGGCCGAAGACGAUGAAGACGAGGGCGGCGAACGCGACGAAGGGCUGGCCGAUGAGCAGCUCGUCUUCGAUGCAUUGAUUCAUAAUGCGGCGAGCUCACCCGUAGGGCCACGGCUCGAAGGUCGACCUCGGAGCGUCAGUCGCUCGCGGCGUCGACCACGGGGCGUCUCCUGGCACGCAGACAUCGCGGGAGGAGGCGAGGAAGACGACGAUAGGGAAGGGAGAUCGCUCAUACGACGCUCCCGUCAUAUAUCCUCUGAGACGGUCAUGAGUACCACGAGCAACAAGGCGCGGAGAGCUCGCUACUUGAUGAUCUUCUCUGCCAUAUUCGCAAUCGCCUACGUCACCUCACUCGACAGCAAUACCGGAUUCCUCUACCUCAACUUUGCCUGCUCGGAGUUUGGAGCUCUAGCCUCCUUCAGCACUGUUGCCAUCUGUCAGCAGAUGAUCUAUGCCAUUGCCAAGCCGCCCAUUGCCAAGCUGUCGGACGUCUUUGGGCGAGCCGAGGCUUUGGUGUUCUCACUGACGCUGUACGCCUCUGGCUAUGCAAUCGUAGCCACAGCGCAAUCUCUGAACGCAGUCAUCGGAGGCAUCAUGCUGCAGGCUGCAGGCAAUACUGGAGUGCAAGUGCUACAGUCAAUCAUCAUUGCCGAUUUGACGACGGCAAAGUGGCGCGGACUUGUCAUCUCCCUCGUCAAUAUACCCUACCUGAUCAAUUGGGCUGCUGCUGGGCCUUUGGUCGACGCUGUCAUCAAUUCAGGAGGCGGCUGGCGAGCAGGAUACGGUAUGUGGGUUAUCAUUGUCCCCUUGGCUGCGGCACCCCUGGUCAUCAUUCUCCUCAUCGGACAAAGUCAAGCUCGUAAAGCCGGUUUGCUUGCCCGUCCUCCCCUCUUCUCUAGAGGUUGUGGCUCAGCUUUCUCACAGCUCUCAACGGAGAUUGAUGCACUCGGCCUGUUGCUCUUCACGCUUUCUUGGACGCUCAUCCUCGGUCCCCUGACGGUCGCGGGACAUGGCUCUAAAGUCCCACCAGGUGUAGCUCCAGCCGUCAUGGUCAGCGGCCUGCUCCUACUGCUCCUCUUUGUCUUCUGCGAGUCCAAAGCUACCAACCCGAUCAUGCCGCUGCGCUUCCUCCGGAAUCGCGCAGUAGUCUGCGUCUGCAUGAUUGGCAUCUUGGACUUUGCCUCAUUCUACCUCAGUUGGACGUACAUCAGUGCAUUCGUCCAGGUAGUCAAGGGCUGGGGACAGACGCAGACGGGGUAUUUUGCCACUACGCAAAAUGUCACUUCAACGAUCUUUGGCAUCUGCAUCGGCUCCCUGAUGGCCUGGACGAGGAGAUUCAAGCCAUUUCUGGUAGGAGGCGCCAUAGUGCGGAUCAUCGGGACGGGUAUGAUGAUCCGGUAUCGCAACUCGCACGACCCGACAAUCAUGCUCGUCCUCUGCCAGCUCCUACAGGGCAUCGGUGGAGGUUCCGUAGCUAUCACCAUGCAGAUUGCAGCGCAGAUCUGUGUGCCCCACGCAGACGUGGCCAUUGUGACUGCUCUGGAGCUGCUCACCACCGAGAUCGGCGCGGCGGUUGGUUCCGCCACUGCGGGACUCAUCUUUGUGACCAUCCUCCCGGAUCGUCUGCGUCUUCAUCUGGGAUCGUCAGUCACAGAAGAGGAGGUACAGCACAUCUUUGGUAGCCUGUCGGAAGCAGUGAGCUUCCCUAUGGGCUCUCCUCAGCGCUUGGCAAUCAUUGCCGCUUGGACCGAGACGAUGCAUCGCCUUUGUGUCACCGCGACGCUGCUACUACUCCCGACGAUCCCUCUUGCGCUACUCAUUCCGGACCUUGUAUUGCCGGAUACGCACAAGAGGGCGAGAUCCCACUCUCACACAGGAGGGCGCUCUCAUUCUCACUCAAGACAUGCCUCGGCGAAUUCACAACAUCAGCAACAGCAUCAGAAUCAGCAUCAUCAACUCUACAAUCAGCAUCACUACCUACAACACCACCAGCAUGAGGACCAAGAAGAGUACGAGCACGAGUACGAUCGUAUUCGCGCCAUUCACUCCUACAAGUCUCGUCGUACGAGCAACGGCAAGUACUCGAAUGACAAUUCGACAAUGCCCAGCAACACCUGGCCACGCACCUCGCAGAGGGAGAAUGGCAACGAGAGUGGCCACGGAAAGCCCUCCCUUACCUUCUCCGACGGAGUGAUGGAGGGUGCGAGCGCAGGUGAGGAUACUUCCCAAGGUGGCGAGGAGGCUGGCGAGGAGCGGUCCGAGGGGCAGCAGCAGCAGCAGCAAGAGGGCGGGCGGCGUCCCAAGGAAGAGCAGGAGGCUCUCCCGCGCGGUAGGGUAGGUGGGAAAGCGGUGACUGCCGCUGACUACCAGGAGGACCAAGACGAUGCAACAGGAGCAGGAGCAGGAGCAGGAGCAGGAGCAGGAGAAGGAGAAGUACGACCCUAUCGCUUGUAGCUUGUGGACCUCUAGCCUGUAGCCUGUGGGCAGUCAGUGGAUCUAAUGUAUGACAAGUGCAAAUGUAGACAAGUAGCCAGC